AUGUCGGGCCCGUCGCCCAGUGACGAGAGUAGCCUUUCUAGCUUACCGUCCUCACCCGAGCUUGAUGUCGAACAAUAUGCUGAAGUCGAUGACGAAUUGCCGCGCAUUGACAAGGGCAAGAAAAAAGCGGAAGAGUCAUCGGAUGCCGGGGGAUCGGAUAUAGAUGGCGAUGGCGAUGAGGAGAGCAGGCUGAGGUUCCUCACCACCAUCCGUGACCAGGAUGAUCUGGAACGCGAUAUUGGUCGUCAGGCCGAUAAAAUGCUCACCGAGCAAGCCGAUGAACGUGACAACAAGCGCCUGCAGAAGGCGCUGGCCGAGAGACAACGCUGCACCACCCAAUUGCAGAAGCUAGAAGAGCGGCUUGCCGGUCCUGGCGGCUCUACUAUCAAGAAUAAGGUCAGGAAAGAUAUUGCAGACAUGAAGGCCCGCAUCGACAAUUUGAGUUCCGAUGUCCAACAGAUUGAAAGCCGCAUCGCCGAGAGGCACCAUCCCAGCAAUGCUGAUGGCCUAUUGGAAGUUGGGGGGAACCGCCAACAGCCGAACGAGAGCCGUCGAGACUUCCUCAUCCGCACCGGCAAGAUUACUCCGUUCUCUAGGAUGGCUCGUCCUCCGAAAAGAGUUGCCGAGAACGUGUCUGACGUACUCCUUGACGCCGAGUUGGGAGAAGAUGAACAGGAGGAAGAGGAUUUGGAUGCUUCGUUCGCCCCAGAAGGCCCAGUAUCCCAUCGAAAUCUAAAGAGGCCCGGCUUUGCAGAUGACUUGAGCGAGACUAGUUCUACCAUCUCUAAAGAGGAUGCACGGCCUACGAAACGCCGCAAAGCUAGGACCACGCACGAGGAUGAAGAAUACUCGGAAGCAUCAAGUGCCGAAUCUGCACAAUCGGAUGACGCAUACGAUCCUGGAAUGAACGAUCGCCAGUUGGCUACUCUCGGCUCAACUGAUGAAGAACUUGACGGCGUUGAAGAUGACGAUGAUUACGACAUGACUACUCCGGGACGCAAGCCGAAGCCCAAGCAGGCCAAGUCCAAGAAGAAAGUAAAGGCUGAAAGUGAGGGUGGCACUGACGAGGAAGAGGACCUUGUGGAUCUCGAUGACGGAAAUGAGGCUCAUUAUCAAGCCAGACUAAACAAAUGGGUGAAGGAGCGCAGCGCUGCCCGUCGCAAGGCUCGAGCCAAGCAGACCUCAGGUGGCAACUCUCUCCCACUGGAUGAUGACGAUGAGAAGCCCGAAUGGCAACAACCUCUUCCCCACAUUCCCGACACGGCCUUCGAUGGUGGCUUCAGAGUUCCAGGUGAUAUCUACCCUAAUCUUUUUGACUAUCAGAAGACUGGAGUCCAGUGGCUUUGGGAACUUUACAGCCAGCAAGUCGGUGGAAUCAUCGGUGAUGAGAUGGGUCUUGGCAAGACUGUUCAAGCAAUUUCCUUCAUCGCCGGACUCCAUUAUUCUGGCAAGCUUAACAAACCGGUCAUUGUUGUGUGCCCUGCAACCGUCAUGAAGCAGUGGGUUACUGAGUUUCACACCUGGUGGCCUGCUCUUCGAGUGUCGAUCCUGCAUAGUUCCGGAAGUGGCAUGAUGGAUCUGAGGCGGGAGAACCAGAUGGAGCAGAACAUCGAGUCACAGUCUUUCUCAAAGAAGCAGCCGCUGACGAAGACUGAGAAGUCUGCAAAGCGAAUUGUCGACAAAGUCAAGACUGAUGGGCAUGUUUUAGUAACGACUUACUCUGGCCUUGCAACAUAUGGUCAGUUCCUCAUUCCUACUGAAUGGGAGUAUGCUGUUCUGGAUGAGGGCCACAAGAUUCGUAAUCCGGACUCGCGCGUCACCGUCUACUGCAAGGAACUGCGCACUGCGAACCGCCUGAUUCUCUCUGGCACCCCGAUGCAGAACAACCUCGACGAAUUGUGGUCUCUAUUUGACUUUGUGUAUCCAAUGCGUCUUGGCACUUUGCCAGAAUUCCGCAAUCAGUUCGAGGUCCCUAUCAAGCUUGGUGGAUAUGCCAACGCAUCGAAUUUCCAAGUCGAAACAGCCAUGCGAUGUGCAGAGGUGCUAAAGGAGACCAUCAGCCCUUACCUUCUACAACGCUUCAAGAUCGAUGUCGCUGCGGAUUUGCCAAAGAAAACAGAACGCGUCCUGUUUUGUCGGUUGACUGUGCCCCAAAGGAAGGCCUAUGAAGAAUUCCUUGGCUCAGAGGAGAUGGGCUCUAUCCUUGAUGGCAGGAGACAAGCACUGUUCGGAAUUGACAUACUACGUAAGAUCUGCAACCACCCCGAUUUGAUUCACCAUAAAUCGCCGAAAUUCAAAUCAGAUCCGAGAUAUGGAAGUGGGUCGAAGUCUGGCAAGAUGCAAGUCGUAAAGGAGUUGAUUCAAAUGUGGAAGAGGCAGGGUCACAAGACUCUUCUUUUCGCCCAGCAUAGGAUAAUGCUCGACAUUCUGGAGAAGUUCAUCAAGAAGCUCGGCAACAUCAACUAUCUGCGUAUGGACGGAUCCACGAGCAUCAAAGCCCGCCAGGAUCUUGUCGACAAGUUUAACAAUGAUCCAGACCUGCACGUCUUUCUUCUAACCACCAAAGUGGGUGGCCUUGGCGUCAACUUGACCGGCGCUAAUCGGGUCAUCAUAUAUGAUCCAGACUGGAACCCCUCAACCGACGUGCAGGCUCGAGAGCGUGCUUGGCGUCUUGGGCAGAAACGCGAAGUUGAAAUCUACCGCCUCAUGACUGCUGGUAGUAUUGAGGAGAAAAUCUACCACCGUCAAAUCUUCAAGCAGUUCUUGACGAACAAGAUUUUGAAAGAUCCCAAGCAGCGCCAAACGUUCCAUCUCAGAGAUUUGCACGACCUCUUUACUCUCGGCAACCCCAGUGAUGAAACAGAGACUGGCAAUCUCUUCCAAGGUAGUGAAACACGAAUCACUCAUUCGCCCAAGGAGGCUCAUGAACAAAGCCCAAAGCAAGAAGAAGCGAUGUCCGAUAUUUAUGGAAUUGAACGUGGAGAAGAUUAUCGGACAGAACAAAAUGAUGUUGAGGCUGGAGGACAAGGAGCUCCUGCUCAGCCUGCAGGCUCCAACAAGGAUGAGCGCCUGAUGACCAGCAUUUUCGCUCGUAGCGGUGUUCAGAGCGCGGUUGAGCAUGACUCUAUUAUGGGAUCCAAUAGCAAGAAGAGCGCUGUUGGCCCCGAUCCGGUAGCGAUUUCCAGGAUGGCUCGCGAGAGAGCCGAGCAGGCUGCGCGCGAACUCGCCCGAUCUGCCGAGAUGGCUCGAAACACGCCAGCUGGUACGGUGACCUGGACCGGAGAGGCCGGUACCGCCGGUCGUCCACCCAGCCCUCCGCCUCGUCGUGACCGCUUCGGUGCAUCGCGCGGAUCUCUUCGAGGCGGUCGUGGCGGCCGCGGUGGUCUAUCAUCCAGCUCCGUCCUCUCCCACCUCUCCGCCCGCCAGGGUCGUGACGCCCCCGCCGCCAAUAGCGCUGCUCGCCGUGCGGCACCUGGCUCUGCUAAUGGUCGGUCAUCUACCCCCCUCAACAACAGUGGCUCAGCGUCUUCGUCUCGUGGUGGCACGCCACGCCCCGCUGUGGACCGCAAGAAGGAUCUGGAGGGAACGGAACUGUUCAAAGCCAUCAGGAACUUCAUGCGUGCUCACGAGGGCGUUGUCUACACGGAGAUGAUCAAGCAGCAGUUCCAGUGGCAGGUUGGCGAGGGCAGGGAAAAAGCAGAGGAGUUCAGGGCGAUGUUGAACAUCUUGGCGAAAUUAGAGAAGCCGAGUCAGGGUGAUGGAAGGGGCAGGUGGAAGCUGAAGCCGGAGUGGAAGUAA